UUUAAUAAGAUCCGGUCAUACUAUUAUUGAAAAGACUUGGAAACAAACAAACAAACAUGCCACGAAGCAAAACAACCCAACGGGUAAAAAAUUAAACAAAAGCCAAAUAAAAAAGGAACCAAAGAAAAGAAAGGUAGAAAACAAGCAGUUGAAACCCUUCAACAACCCUAGUUGCGCACGCAUGUCCGGUAGGGCCAAACCACAGUCAGAAACAGCCCACAAUCUUCGAUCCACGAUGAAGCCACAAUAAAGCCUGCAAAGUAAAUAACAGAUUUGGCCGAAACACAACUCGAGGAAGACCCCCCAUCAAAAUCAGGCACCUUCCCAACGAUCUCUUUAACACCCACCCCAGAACAGACUCCGAUCCGUCCUCCAUCCAUAUAACAUCCCGUCGUCGAAGAAAACCCUUAUGGGCUAGAAGAUGGGCCAGAAGAUGGGCAACUAUAUUCCCCUCCCCGUUUUAUGUGCUGGAACUUGAAACGCUCGAAGCCCAAAACAAGUCUCUUCGCAUCCUAAACAUAAGCACUCACCGUCGACCGACCAGUGGCCACACUUUGAAGCUUGCAGAGAAGCACCUCCGAGUCACCCUCAAUCUCAACCCAAUAGAAGCCAAGAUCUCGGGCAAAUCUGAUGGCUCACACACAUGCGAGAGCUUCUGCCGAUAAGGGACAUGCCCGCAAAUCAGCGAAGAACCCUGCGUCAAAGUUUACGCGAGCCCAUGGGUCUACAAGGGUCUUCCAGAGCGACAAGCCAACAGUCACAAUAUCCUCUCUAGGAAACAAGAGGGAAUCUAGCUCCUGUAGAUAACCCAGAAUAGUGAUAAGUAUUGAUUGAGUAGGCAGAUAAAUGCCCUCAUGAAUUAGCUUGUUUCUAGAAGUCCAGAGAGUCCAGGUAGUGAUGAUAGAGAGUUGUAUAUGCUUCGUAGCAGUAGCGAAUAUUUGACUAAUCCAUUGAAUGGUUUAGAUUCUGGAACCAUGUGCUAAUAGAAACCCAAGCCGUGCCAAACCUCCUGGACCACAGGACAGUCCCGACAGACAUGGAGAAUGGUCUCAAGCCCACUACCAUAGUGUGGGCACAUACGAUCAACCCUGAUUCUCCGGCGAAACUAAUUAUCUUUUGUAGGGAGAAAAUUAUAUAUGUAUUUCCAACAUGUAACUUUCAUUUUUUCGGGAACUUGAGCCCCCCAUAGUUGUUUGUAAAUAUUUUGUGUAUGCUGCGUAACACCACUGUAACGAUCACCUUUCCCCCGAAAAACCACGCAAUAGAAAUAUGUAUCCGCUACGGACAGAAUAAUCUCCAGUGCUAUCUGGGAACCAUCUCCAUCGAUCCAACAAAUCAUGAGAUGCCAAUGGGAUACGUCGAAUAAGGUUAACAAUUGGGGCCGUUCACCAAGGAGCCAAGCAUCAUCCCAUACGAAAUCGAUUGCCCAUUACCAACCUGCCAACCACAGCCCAUCUGCAGCAGACCCUUGGCGGCCUAAAUGCUUCGCCACACAAAGAAAGGUUGUGCCUGAAGCUAUAAAAUUUAGAACAUCGGACAUUGAUCCUGAAUUCGAAGGGAAGUUGGAUCAAAUGUUCAUGGCGAUAGUUGCAACAGGUGAUAAAGCAUGGGCACCUUCUUCUGGUACACUCCGUAGUGAUUUUUUUGAGGAUGUUAACAACGAAAUACCUGAAGAGAGUGAAGAAGAAAAUAUGAGAAAUGAUGUUCACAUUUCAAAUGAUGUUCAAAUUGAUGGAAACGGUCAAAAAAGAAAAAACCCUGAGAUGUCAAGUUCACAUUUUAAAACUGGAAGAAAGAAAUCCUCAAAGCAAAUUAGAGUGGCUGCAAGAUUGUCCAGUCAAAUAGAAAAAUUAUGCAAUGCAACUGACAAUAUGAGUCAAGCCAAAUCUAGUUUGACUUCUGUUAUGGAUCCAUAUGGUAUUCCACAAGCAGUCAAAAUGCUUGACAGCAUGUCGGAAGAAGUUCCAGAAGCUAGUUCGCUAUACUUUUUCGCACUUAGAUUAUUGCUCAAUAAGGACAAGCGAAUUAUGUUUUUAUCAAUUAAUCCCAAGAUUAGAGCUUUGUGGCUUAAGACGGAAAUGAAGGAUAGUUGAAAAUUUUCUGAUCUUUUAGGGUUCAAAGAUAUUUAUUUAUGUGUAAUCUUCUAGUUAUAAUGGCUUAAACGAAGUAUGUUUUUAUCAAUAGUUAUUUAUGUUUGGUUUUUGGAUAUUGAAUUUAUGUUCUACUUGAUUAUGUGUAAUCUAGU